AUGAACAUACCGCAGUAUAAACCACCUAAGGAAAUCCAAGACUUACUAGACAAAAAGGAACAGCAACAGGCAAACCAACGCAGGCGAACAGCAGUGUUGCCCAAACGGUCGUGGAUAAAGCGGAACCCACGCCUUUUCCAGAUCUCUUUCAUUACCGGCUCCCUGCUGAUAUUCUUUUCCAAGCCAUUGUACGACUGCUUCUUUACAACUCCUCUGCCUCCGUUGGAGAACAAGGUGCCCCCGCACAAGCGUUAA